CCUGAGCACGGCAGUGUUUACUGUCCGACUUGAAAAUGCCGCUGUCAGAAAAGGCUACCACGGCAAGGUUUUGGAGAAUAUAAGUGUCGUUAGCUAUGAAGGGCGGUUUCUGAGUCAGCUAGAUUAGCUUGCAGUUUUAGCGUUAAAGAAAUGACAACGUUAUUAAUAUAGGUAACUGUAAAAAAAAAAACGAAAACAAAAAAACAACCCACAAUAAACAGCAACGGUGUUGACUGUGCGUCUUUCAGAAACCGUGACCUGCAAUCUUUGGGAUGGAGUCAUGUGCAGCGACCUGUUGUCAAAAUAGAAAAAAACUAUAUAUACCUUUUAGCAUAAUGUAAGUUUUCUAACCUAACCACGUUUGGUGUUUGACAGCAGAAGUGAAAAGACGCGGCUGGCUUUUCCUUACCGUUUCUUGCUGUCCAAGCGGUGACAGCUAAGCCCGCUAACUGGCUAGCCGAGCUCUCGUUUACCAUCAUGGAUAGGGAGGCGUACCGCAACUGCUGCAGCCUGGUUAAAAUACCGAGACAGUCGUAUGAGCAGUUUUGGUCUUCGCAUUUUGUAGAUUACAUCGACAAGGAGCUGAGCUAUUCAAAAUUUUUCAAGAAAUACUUGCUACCCAAUCACCCGUGUAUGUUUUCACGAAGGUUUACAGAAGACUGGAAGUGUAGAAAACAGUGGGUGACUGAGGAAGGGAAGCCUAAUUUCCAGAAACUGCUACAAGAGUUUGAUGAGACCCCGGUUCCUGUUGCAAACUGCAAUGCAAAGGAAUACAAUGCAAACCCUAAACAGGUUAUGCCUUUCAAAGAAUUUAUACACUACUGGAAGGAAUACAUCCAGAAUGGCCACUCAUCUCCUAAAGGAUGUCUCUAUCUUAAAGACUGGCACAUGUCGAGGGACUUUUCAGAGCACGGUGUUUACACCACACCGGUCUUCUUUUCUUCUGACUGGCUUAAUGAAUACUGGGAUACACUUGAAGUGGAUGACUACCGGUUUGUCUACAUGGGACCUAAAGGUUCAUGGACCCCGUUCCACGCUGAUGUGUUCCGCUCCUACAGUUGGUCAGCAAACAUCUGUGGUAGGAAGAAAUGGCUCCUAUAUCCCCCUGGUCAGGAGGAGUUUUUGCGAGACACUCACGGCAACCUCCCUUAUGAUGUAACAUCAUCUGAAAUUCGAGACAGAGGCCUUUUUCCUCACUCCGAAGAAGCCUGUCAGCCUCUUGAGAUCAUUCAAGAGGCCGGUGAGAUCAUUUUUGUGCCCAGUGGCUGGCACCAUCAAGUUUAUAACCUGGAGGACACCAUAUCUAUUAAUCACAACUGGCUGAAUGGCUGCAACAUUGACAUCAUGUGGCAGUUUCUUCAGAACGAGCUGUCAUCUGUUCAAAAAGAGAUAGAUGAAUGGAGAAACACAAUGGAUUCAUGGCAUCAGCACUGCCAGGUCAUCAUGAAGGCCUGCUCUGGUAUUGAUUAUGGUGAAUUUGCCUCGUUCUUGAAAAUCAUCGCUGACAACCGAAUGGCUUUCCUGAAUGCUUGCUCCUCUGGGGAUUCCUCCGAUUACCCACGACAUCUCUCAGAGACACUCACCAGACUUGGACCUUACCAUGCUGCCUUUGACCUACAGAGAGUGGCUCACAUAAUUGAGUGCCUACUCUGCAAUGAAGACUUUAAGCGGCUCGAUCAUUCAACACUGACUCUGCAGCCUGAAACCAUGUUACAGCAAAUCCGGGACACCAUACAGUCCACAAGAGGGCAGCAUCUCCUUUAUCAGGAAUAAGAUGUUCAGUGGCGUCUCAGUAAAGUAUUCGGCACCUGGAAACGCGUGGCUUGAAUGAAAAGUGCCGAUUUGUACAGUGUGAAAAAGAUGAGGAUAGAGGUGUUACUGCACCUUUGGUCUUGAGAUGAAUUGUAAUCUCAAAUGUUUCUUGUGAGUGUUUGGAAUUGGGUUUCGCACCGAAAGAUAAAAUAGAUAAAUUAAAAAACAAAAAAAACA